AUGAGUGAAUCUCUGAUAGGCCAGCGCCGUAUCUACAACGGUCAGGCCGGUACCAUUCGCUAUGUGGGAAGGGUCGAGGGUACUACGGGUGACUGGUUCGGUGUUGAAUGGGACGACCCCACGAGAGGCAAGCAUUCAGGAGAGCAUAAGGGAGUCCGUUAUUUCACAUGCAAGAGCAACCAUCUCACGGCGGGGUCAUUCGUCCGCCCCUCCAGGCCAACAUAUGGACCACUCAGCUUCGUAGAAGCGCUGCGUAACAAAUACGCAUCUGAAAAUGACUCGGAGCUAGUCUGGACCUCCAAGCCGAUUGGACAGACCAGUCAACAAGCUAUUGAGAUCAGCGGCAAGGUCGUCGAAGAGGUUGGCUUCGAUAAGAUCCGCAAGCAACUUGCGGAGUUGCAGGAGCUACGAAUCGUUUUGCUGGAUGGAUUACGCAUUGCUGGCGUGCUCUCUUCCUAUGAGCAACCCGAAGCUGAAGUUCAAGAGGCUGCCAAAGAAAUUGCAACAACCUGCCCUAAGAUUGAGGAACUCGAUCUCAGUCGCAGUUUGUUGAGUAGUUGGCGUCAUGUUUGGGAUAUUUGUAACCAGCUCAAGGAGCUGAAGAAGUUGAAGGUCAAUGGCAACCGAUUCCAACCAUUGGAAGAUGGGUUGAUCUUUGAAGGCGUCACCGAGCUGCAUCUCGAGGAGACCUUGCUAAGCUGGGACGAGAUCGUCGAGGUGACAUCUCGCUUCCCAGCGUUAACAUCGCUCACUGCAUCUGGCAACCAACUCAGCAUGAUAUCUCGCCCACUCCCUGGAGCCAUCACGAAAUUGACACUCGAGAACAACGAGAUCACAUCAUUAUCUGCUCUACGCCCGCUAGCAGAGAUAAAAACUCUCGAACAUCUCUCAGUACGAGGAAACAACGUCCAUGCCAUCACCGACAACACCAAAAACACCUCCCUAGACUUCACAUUCCCACCAACAGUCUACUCCGUCGACCUCUCACGCAACAAUGUCUCAUCAUGGACAUUCGUUAACCACCUCCCUAUCCUAUUCCCGGGUCUAACAACCCUUCGAUUCUCCGGAAACCCCCUCUACGACCAACCGCCCCUCCCACCCGCCAUAGCAGCAGCAACUUCAUCCAUGAGCGCUUCAAAGCCAAUGACCCUAGACGAAUCCUUCAUGCUCACGCUAUCCCGCUUCCCCACCUCCCUAACGACUCUCAAUUUCAGCAUAAUCUCGCACCAGGACCGCUCCAAUGCUGAAAUGUACUAUCUCUCCCUCAUCGGCAAAGAACUCUCUGCUACCUCCGAGGCCGAAGAACCCGCCAUUCUAGCCAGACACCCUCGCUACCAAGAGCUCUGUGAAUCAUACGGAGAACCAACGGUAACAAGGGCCGUUGAGGAUGAUGGGUCUGGUAAGAAAGCGAUCCACCCACGAUCCGUAGCAGCGCGCCUGGUUAAGCUGGCAUUCCGUCUAUCCGAAUCACAAGUUUUUGUCAAAGAGAUCCCGACUUCAUUCGAUUCUUACCAGGUGAAAGCUCUCGUUUCACGUCUUUUCGAUCUCGCUCCGUAUUCGUUCAGACUUGUCUGGGAGACGGAUGAGUGGGAUCCGGUGGAGAAGAAGACUGGUGAUGACGGGACAGUGGGUUGGGAUGAAGAUAGCGAUGAUGAAAUGCAGGCGCAAGCUCCUGCAUCUUCGGCGGAUACUAGCCGGUUUGUGCGGAGAGAGAUUGAAUUGGUAGAUUCGACGCGGGAUAUUGGGUUCUUGUUCCAGGGCGAGACGGGUGAAAUGAAGAUUCGGGUUGAAGUAGCUCCUGUAUAG